AUAACAGGAUGAAUAUAUCUUGCCAUCUUGAUAGUCUUAAGAAAUCUAAGGAUACGUCCAACAGAAGGAAUUCUUUACCAGAAUAUACUGCAUUUGAGCAAAAAAAAGGCAAAAAUUACAAUGCAUUUAAUACGAAGACCAAAAAAACUAUUAAAUUGUUAUCCAAAAGUAACGAUGGAAUGAUAGAAUAUGACGCGAAUGUUUCUCUUAAAUCGAAUGAUUGCAAGAUCAUAGAUUCGAACACAUAUGGUACAAUAAAAAUACAGAACAGCACAUUUGAAACGCAUAGAAGUCUUGACUCUUCGACGAUCGUGGAAAAUAUGUCUAUGUCAAAUAUAACAGAUUCGUUAGAAGGAAAAAAAUGUAAGUCUUUACAAAAAAUAUUUAAUGAUUUGGAUACGUUGCAAAAUGAUGCCUGUAUCGAUAAUGACAAUGCACAUAUCGUUGCCGAAUCUAUAAAUCCAAACGAGAUUUCUACUAUUCAAUAUGGUCAUAGGAAGAAUCAGAGAAUGAAAUUUGUGAAUUGCAAUGAAAAAUCGCAAUCUAAAUAUGAUAUUCCUGAAAAAAAAACAGCAGUUACAAAAAACAAUGAAAUGCAAGAAUGCACUGAAGAUUCAACGAUGCGUGAUAUCGACGGACAAAGUAUUGAAUCUAAAAUAGUAAAAGAAAAAUCGAACACGUCCACGUCAAAUUAUAAUGAAAAGCUACACUUAUAUUGUUUGCAUAAUAAAGUAUUAGUGAUUAUGCAAGAAAAGACAAGUUUUUGUUUUACUGGGAAGCUAGUGAUAAAUGUAUUGUACGGUGCUAUAGAGGUGUAUGGGUCUCACAUUACUACAUCAAAUUCUCCAAUAGAAGUAUAUUCUCCCAGAGGAUACAGUCUCGUAGCUGUAGAAACGAGUAAAAAAUUUUUGAUGUCCGACAUCAAAGAUAUUUGGACAUAUUUAUCUCAGGAAGGUAUUAAUCCUGACAUAAAAAAUGCAUUGCAAUGCGACAUUAAUCGAUGCAGACCGGGUAUGGCAGUGAUUAUUCUAUGGAAUUUGGAAAACAAUUUAACAACGUUCGUUAAUACUUACUAUCCAAUAAAAUUAUUUCCUAAAAUUCGCAACGUCAAAAAUUAUUCCUGGACGGACACAAGGAGAGCUGAAAUGAUAUUGCAAUCCAAUCUUUAUUUCGAUAAUCAUAAUUAUAAAAGAUUGGUAAUCGAUCCGACUGUCACAGGAAUACUUGCUGAAAAAAUCCUUAAUCGUUGGUAUUCUCAUGACUGGUCGUGUACAUUAAUAGCAGGUGGUAAAAAUGUUGGGAAAUCUACUACCGUACGUUACUUAAUAAACACGUUAUUACCGACUUCUCGGAUGGUCGUUUUGGUGGAUGUUGAUCCUGGUCAAAAUGAAUGUACACCGCCUGGCUGUAUAUCCUAUAGCUUGAUCGAGGAGCCGUUAGCUGGACCUAAUUUUACACAUUUAAAAACACCAGUUUAUCAAUUGUACAUAGGAGAUGUAAAUGUUACUCGGUGUAUCACGAGGUAUAUCGAAAGUGUUAAGUUGUUGGCGAAUAAAUUGUUAAGUUGUCCGACUAUGUCACGUUUACCGAUAAUUAUAAAUACAAUGGGUUUCACGCAAGGAAUAGGAUGGGAUAUCGUAGUGUUUACGAUCAAGCUCUUUCGGCCUUCGUUCGUCCUACAGAUAAUGUCAGAAAGGACAAAAAAUAAUUACCCGAAUUUACUGAGUAGCGAUAUUAUUGAUCAACAAACUUUUACAGGCUUUUCGUGGAGUAAAAAUAUUACGGAUUGGAAUAAGCCAUGUUUACAUGAGCUACAAGUUAUAAAUACAAAUGCUGAGAAAAAACAGGAAUCAACAAGUGAUUCAUGGAACAUGGAGCCUUAUCAACAACGCGAACUCGCAAUGAUUUCUUAUCUAAGUGGAAUUGUAAAUUCCAAUGGAAAUUCUACAUUUCCUGCCACAUCCGCAUCACUCAGCAUCAACGAAGCUGUGCCAUUUGUGGCACCUUUUGCUUCUUUAACUAUCGCUCUAUUACGAGAAUGCGUACCGCCUUCGCGUGUAUUAACUGUAAUCAAUGGUAACAUGGUUGCUCUGUGCGGCAUUGAUUUAACAAGAGAUUUAUUGCAAGAUGUUAUUCUAUCGAUACCUCGUAUAUUAACCAGAGCACCUUUGUGUACUUGCUAUGGCUAUGGAAUAAUUCGAGGGAUUGAUACGGAUAAAGAAGAAGUGUAUAUAAAUACGCCAUUACCGCUGUCGCUUAUGCGACACGUUAAUUGUUUAAUAGGAUCUAUACCUAUACCUGUUAAUUUACUUCAGUUAAAUCAACGCAAUGUACCAUACGCAGGUGGUAACGAUGCUUUACCAACGAGUCGUGAUCCACGUAGAGGAUAUUUCCGUAUGAGAUAUGAAAAUAGACAAACGUCGAGUUGAAUCAUCUAUUUUAAGAAAACUAAAUAACUAUUUUAACCAUUCACUGUUCAUAAGAUAAAACUUAUCCAAGAAAAUCUUAUAAAAAAAAAAAGAAAGAAAAAAGUAAAAAUACACAAGAGAGUACAAAGA